CGAAAUUCGAGUUGGGGAGUGCGUAAUUUCAAUAUACGAUAAUACGACGAAGAAAGCCAAGGAAAAGGCAGUUUUUCUCAUGUUGUUAGACUAUGUCUGGUUUAUGUGAGUACAACAAAUAUGUUAGCAUGUAUUUUUAUAUAUUUAACCUAAGUUUGUUCGGCGAUUUGUUAUGACUUGUUGAACAUGUAAUAUUUGCCCGUCCAAGUUUCGGAUGUCGGAAUUAAUUAUUUUAAGUACUUUUUAUUAUCUAAUUAUUUCAAGUUAAGACAUGUUCUUCUAUAAAAGCAUUUUAAAGUCCAGUAGAGAGUCAGUCUAGUUGAAAUAUAUCGCCAGAAGCUGUUGUUUCGCUAAUAGAAAUGUUCGGGGUUAUAAAAUCUCAGUUUAUUAAACAGACAAGAUUAAAACUCGCUUUAUAAUUAAUUUGUUAUAAUUUAUUUGUGAUCAAAGUUACCGUUAAAUACUGUAAACAAUAAUGGUUUUGUGAUUUUUAUGUGGUUGUAACACAUUUUAGAGGACAUAGAAAUACAGUAUUGCAAUAAAUCUCCCCCAAGAUAAAUAUUCAGUGAAUUUCAACGAGUCAAUGUUUACAUUUAAUAGAAUAGUAUAGCCAACAUGUGGGAUAAUUUUUAUGAUUUUCCCACCAUUUGACAAUAGAAUACAGAAAUUGCCUAUUGUGAACCCAUUGUGUUCAGUAUAGCUCUGAAAAUAUAUGAAAAUGAUAUUAAAAUACUAGGAAUGCAUAAUAAUUUAUUAUUCUCAUUGAAGGGUGCACCAUUGCAUAGAUCAGCUAUCAAACAUAUUAUUCAUGAUCAAGUUUAUCUUGACUUUUUCAGAAGAGAGGCUACAUGAGCACAGCUGGACAUACCCCCAUUGAAUAUCUGUUGUUGGAUUGAAGUUGGGUCAUAUGCACAUGAUUAAUAAUCUGCCUAUUCUGGGUUUUUUCAGACUCCGCACUACUCAAUGGCCAAGGAUCACACCAAAACCCCACCCACUUUCAUCCAACCAAUAGGAAUGAAGAAACAGUUACCAACUACGAACAACUUUAUGUGUACAAUUCACGCCCGGCAAUCCAACCGUCUCAUGAGCCAGCAGUGUUUCAUAACCCAGUUGGUUGGCCUGGUAAUACUUCAUGGACUCUUAACAAUAGCAUUCCUAGUAGCUUUAUAGAACAGAUUCAAGCAAAAAAUCAAUUGCUGGUAAAAAACAAAGAGGUUAUGGAAAAGUAAGUCUCUUAAGCUGCUUUUAAUUGGUAUAUUUACAGUAUGCUAUAUGUCCAAACUACCUAAUGUUAAGAACUCUUUGAGUGAUGACUUUUUGUGAGAAUGUUGGUAGCAUUCAGACACAACUGUAUUGGGAAUUCAGAUACAAUUACUUAUUGUAAAAUAUAAUUACUUAUUUACUGUAAAGUACAAUUAUGUAUUGUAAAAUAUCACCAGCAUUGGUCUGUCAUAUUUGACUCUUGCAUGCAGGUAGAUUUUACUGAGCUUCACUGUAGCAGAUGGCAGCCUGUGAGUAUAACAGCCACUUGAUUGUCUUGUUUCUUGGUGGCUCUUAUUUGCAGGCUAAGUAGAUGCUGGUCAAAUGGUAGUACUAUUACAGUGAGAAAAUAAUUUUUCAUUAUUUGUGUAGUAAUCUUAUUUGGUGCCAGUUAACCUAUUGAGUGGCAGCACUCUCUCCUUGACAAGUAAAAUCAUCUGGUGGUAGAGUAAAAUAAUAAAGUAAAGUACAUCAGGGUGUAAUUGCAACUUAAAUGGUUAAAUGGCAAAAUGCAUGGGAAACACAUGCAGUUUAGUUUGUUUGCUCAUAUAAGUGUUAACAGCUUUGAAGUUAACCACCAUCUGCCAGUGCCCUCUAGCUGUCAUGCAACUCACCUGUAUCUGAAAGAUUAUCUUUUCCAAUUGCAAUUUCAAAAUACCAUCUUGAUUACCUCAUGAAAUAUAUUGUAGACAAGGAGCUUACAUAUCUCAACUGGAAAAACACCUUGAGGCGCAAAAUUCAAGUGACUUAUUAAGACGACUCCAGGAUCGAGAGCGAGAUGUUGAACAUUUACGUGCUAGGCUAGAAUCAGAGACUGCUCCAAAAUAUGAAGUAGAAAAGUUGAGAAGAAAUUUAGGGUAAGCUUUUAAGUGUUUAUAGCAAUAUGUAAUUUAUACACUAUAGUUCUAAAUUGUCCUUCCUGGCAAAGAUUUUACAUGGUCAACCUUUAAUAAACUUGUGGAAUUAGAGGGGGAAUUAAGACUGAAAUAUCUUUAUUAUUACUAGAUAGCUCUGUUAGAUUCUAUACUUUGUUGAAGGUUUUCAUCCUUUCUUGGUCAAGUAAGUGUUACUACAGGAGGAAAGUGUUACUACUACAGUCUGAGGAAAACUCAGAUAACAUCAGAUUAUGAUAAUUAUUCCUUAGUGAGGCAGAAUAUGAACUUGAGAAGACAGAGAAAGUCCUUCAGGAAACUUUAAAUGAAAAAGAAGUUGAAGCAAAUACGCUUCAAGCACAGGCAAGUCUUGUACUUGAACUCACUGUAGAUAUUCCAACAGAAUAUCAAGUAAAGGUACUAUCAUUGAAUUGCACAGAUUUCUGGCAAAGCCAAAGAACUUGAUCAUGCAAAGAGAGAAAUUAAAAGAUUACAAGAAGAAAAAUCUGAAUUAAGGUGAGGAAUAUAUAAAGUUAAUAAUGUUUUCCUGGAUUACUUAUUCAGUACUGUACAGUUUAUACUAAAUUUAAAUUAAAAUUAAAAUGUAAUUUUUCUAAUGUAGAACACGAAUUGAAAACUUAGAUAAAUAUGUAGGUGAUCUACCAACCUCUGAGGACUACAAGAAACUUCGUAAAGAAGUAUCCUUUAUAUCUCAAAGUUCUUUUAUCUCUUCGUAAUUGUUGUCAUGUGUUCAUCUGACAUCAUGUUCAAAACAAAAUAGGAUGAUGUUGGAAUGUUUUAACAGGUCUUUAAAUUAAAAAUGGUAUGACAACUUAAAACAUUAUAAUAUAAGUUCAUUUGACGCAACUUCCAAACUGUAUAGAAAGCAUUCUUGACAAAUAUCUUUAGCUAAAACACUGGAAACAUCUCUGUUCGAAGCUGCAAACUCAAAUGACUCAACAGGAGGAACAAUUAACUUCUGGACGGAAAGAUCUCGAAGAAAAGGUGAAUCUUGGUGCAAAUAUAGUGUUGUGUAACUAAAUAGUAUCUUACUAGUCCAAAGUUUCAAGCUGUGUAUUGCUCAUUUUAGGCUUUAAAUGCGGACAGAUUUGAACGAGAAAAUGCUGAUUUGAGACGUAUGGUCAAAAGGUAUAGGUGAUGAUCACAUAAAUUCUUAGGUUCUUAGGGGUCAUUUAUACCUAUACUAUCCAGGCUCGUGGUUGGUUGAUUAUAACAAUGAAAGACAAUAAAACUAUAGAAAUCGUCUUUCUAAAGAACGAGUCACGAACAAUGAUCGUUUUUGUUUCUGAUUUGUUUCUGAAAGCCAAUCACAAAACAUGAUCAUUUUAGGCAGGUCUUCACCCUUCGUUCUUAUAAAUUGCCGUUUUUGCUUAUGAAUAUACGGGGAUUUUUUCUGUCAUGUUAAAUAUCUUUGGAAUCUUGUAUAUGUUCUAAUUACGAAUAUAAUUGUCUAAUUACAUUUAGUUAAUGACACAAUUACUUUUACUGUUUAAUUUGUUCUAAUUGUAAUUAUUAUCUAUAGUCUUCAAGACAGGAUGAAGAAUGAUGAAAUGCAUUCAAAAGCGUUAGAACUAGAACACAUGACAUUUGAGAACGAAAGACUGCAAGCUGACUUAGCUAAAAUGGAAAAGGUUUGACCAAUUUUCUCAGAAACUUUAAUACAUUUUGGAUAUUGCAAUUUCUUGUUUCCAUUCCAAUAACGUAUUGGUGUAUUUCAGAUACUUAAAGAAAAACAGAGGAAAGCAAAAAACUUCUAUCUCCAUUCUCAAGAAUCGCAGAAAAAGGUGGUGGAACGCUUAUCCCAGGAGGAGGUAUGUAAGACAGUGCUGGAAAAUGUCCGGCAGCGCCAGCAGCACAGCUGCCAGGAAAUUUUUACCAAAAUAUCUUCGCAGGAAAUUUUCUUACCUUGCAGGAAAUUUCUGUCAUCUUAUACUGGACUGCAUGCCAUAUAAUUUACUUAUUGUUUACAAAAGCGUCUUGUGCCCAUACUGAAGUUUAUCACAAUGUGCGGCACCAUACGUUGACCUACACUAGGAAAUUUUUAUUUUUCAAUUUUGCUGCCAGGAAGAGAAAUAUAUUUUCUAGGCCUGAUGUAAGAAGUUCCCAAAUGCUGCAUAUGUUAUCGCUCUUGAUGUAUAAUGACUAUCCAGUUGCGUUACUUCGUACAGGAUACAGUUGCUGCAUUACGUGAAGAAGUUUCAACGAAAGAGUUAAAUAUCAGCGAACUCAAGAGUUCUAUGAAACAAGUAAGAUUACAAAUCACUGUGAGAUUGAAUCUGCUUACCACCUUUGAAAGAUUGGAGUAUGUAAGAAUAAUAAGAUUUUUUGUGUGUGUUGGUGUUAUGUACUCAGGUGAAUAUGAUGUUUGUGAUGUUACUCUGAGUGUGCAUCCACACCGGGCAAGCUGAAAAGUUAGCUUAACCACGGUGGGAAUCGAACCCACGACCUUUGGGAUACUAGUCCAAUGCUCUGUCAACCGAGCUACGUGGUCAAGUCGGUUCGAGUUGAUGAUAUUUCGGAACCGAGUCUAGUUCCUUCAAUAUCAUUGUAUUCUAUGAUAUCAACUCGAACCGACUUGACCACGUAGCUCAGUUGGCAGAGCAUUGGACUAGUAUCCCAAAGGUCGCGGGUUCGAUUCCCACCGUGGCCAAGCUAACUUUUCAGCUUGCCCGGUGUGGAUGCACACUAAGAGUAACAUCACAAACAUAAUAAUACGAUUUGUAAUCACAAGCAUAGCAAAUGAAAAAAAAAAGAAACCUCUAGUAAUUAACUCUAGUAUAUCCAUAUUUAGAGCCAGGCUACGCGACUUCUAUAAUGCUAAAUUACCAUCAUAUAGUCCUCCUGGCUGCAUCUAAGUAAAUUUAAUGUUAUAUAAUAUAGUUGUUUGUUUAAUCAUAUACUAGUAUUGAUAGGGGUAAAGUGUCAUUUGGGACGCAAGUCCUGUUCUUUUCUCCAGUCACGUCUAUGUUUAGUGUGUUAUCUUGUAAGAAUGUUGUGUUAGUGUUGCUUGUUUGCUAGUAUACAUUUUUUGUAUAUAUCUAUAUAAAGGUGACGAAAUUAUUAAAUUAAAUUAAAUGAAAUGAAAUUUAGCUUCUAUUCGUUCAUUCUCGUUUAGCUUUCGUCACAAUAUCAAGAUGCUGUGGAAGAGAAUAUGGACAUCGGUGAUAAAUUAAAAAAGGCAAGUCCAUCUAAAAGUUUUUCAUGAUCGAAGCUGGUUCAUUCCUUUAAAAAAUAUUUCAGUUUUAUUGUUAUUAUGUCAUGGAUGUGGUACAGAAAAAUGUAAAAUUACGAUGAUUUUCUUUUACAGUUGCAGAUAAUAAAUAAUAAAGAAGCUAUUGAAACAAAUAGAAAAAUUUAUAAACAGGUACUUUUAUCGAUCCGUAUGUAGAAGUAUUUGAUAUUUCUUAACAUUCCUUUUCAACAGUUAUUUCGAAACAGUCUUUCUUAUCUUAAAUGGGCUUUUGCACAACACUUAACAAAGAACAAUACUGACGGCAAUCCCUUUGAAAAUAUGGCAGCCAUUUUGGAAGAAAACACGCUCCAAAUGCAAUUAAUUGGAUUCUUUUGUUAGCGUUGCUUCAACAUGGCCGCCAUGACGUCAUGUGCAAACCAAGAAUUAGAAUGUUCCAUUGUUUUGAAAAUUCCAUUGUUUUCCCGUGCCUUAUAUAGUUACUCAUUGUUCACAUUCUGCCUAUUAUUCUUCAUUAUUAUGUACAUGUCUUACGUAUGGAUUUCUGUUUAACCGCAGCUUCGUCGUAAUGUGAAUAAAUUAAAGGAUAUAAUGAGAUUAUAUUAUCAGAGAAAGGAAGGUCGUGAUUUAGAAUUAUCUUUACUCUUAGGCACAGGAGGUAAGAUAGUAAUUAGAUGAUUAUUUUGAGAGGGUGACCCUUAAAGUGGCUCUCAGAGGCGCCCUGUUAAGCUGCGUCCUUCGCAAUUCAGCUUAGGCCAAAAAAAAAAUGUGGGUUUCCGGUUUCUUCUUAUAAAAACUUAGGUAGGGUAGGUCGGUUUUAACUUUUUUUUUUUAACUUUUUUUUUAAUUUUCCGAACAAGCGGACGCCAUUUUGUUUAGUCAGUGCUUCCACAUCCAAAGAUAAAUUUCCCUAAUAUUUCCUCAAAUUUCAAUUUUCCACAAACAUUUUCCUCUAAGUGGAAACACUUACAAGCAUAGGUAGGGUCGGGAAACCGGAAACCCCCAUAUUUUUUUUUUGGCCUUAGAUGAUUAUGUUGAGAGGGUGACCCUUAAAGUGGCUCUCAGAGGCGCCCUGUUAAGCUGCGUCCUUCGCAAUUCAGCUUAGCUCUCGGCUGCAAGUGAGGAUGACACUUCCACUUACCCACAAAUAACCUGUAAUCAGGACCGCCAAUACGGACGGGGGGGGGGGGCACGUUGGCCCAGGGCCCCCAGAUCAAAAGGGGCCCUAAAGCAACGAUGGUCUUUAGGGCCCCUGGGAACGUUUUGCCCCGGGCCCCGCGCAACCUCGCGGCGGCUCUGUCUGUGAUAGAAACGUACUAAUAAUAAAUAUCAAUUCCCAGCAUAAUCAUGUCCGUAUAAUAAUAGCCAUAACAAAGAGAAAUUUUCAUCAAUUUAAUUAUUUACAAUGAAAAUUUCUCUUUGUUAUGGCUAUUAUUAUACGGACAUUAUGCUGGGCAUUGAUAUUUAUUAUUAGAUUACGAUUCCCGCCUGGUUCAUCCCUCGCAACUAUUCUGAGAAACGUACUAGUAUCGUCUUUUUAUUGUUUUGAAAGUGCCAUCCAAUAACUCGUUGUUUAACUUAAAUUAUUUUAAUUUCUCUUGAACAUUUACGUUCACAGCCUCUGCUGAAGGAUUAAGAACUGGUAAUCACGAAAAAUCACUAAGUGACGAAGUCGGUGAACUCACGAGCGAUAUCGACGAGUUCCAAAAAUUUCUAGCUGAUGAGUAUGCUGAAGAACUGGCCAAUAAUUUAGAAGGUAAUAAUUGUAUUACCCAAUAGUUGAAACGCUCGCAAGGUAAGCUGGCUAGAUAGCUUUUCGCCUUCUUUGUGCCAAUGUUCGAGAGAAGAAGAGGUCUACACAAAGACGUUAUUCAUGUCCGUACUGCGGCAGCGUGACAAAUUCGUUGGAACGUUCACAUCAUAGUCAAUAGACCUUUCCCCUUAUGAGUGAAAUUUUGAUCUAGAUAUGCCUGGACAACAAUUUCACCACAGCUUGAAAGAGCAUCACAAAAUUAGUAAUAUUCCCAAGUUUCGUCGCGAAAUGUUGUAAAAUGCGGAUAAUAUAGCCCUGCGAAGUUUGCCGUUUUUCAGUCAUUUUGCAUUAGCUACAAAUGGGAAAUUGAUAAUCAGUUGAUCAUCUGAUUAUCAAUUUUCCUCAUUUUACAACAUUUCGCAACGAAACGUCGGAAUAUUACUAAUUUUGUGAUGCUCUUUCAAGCUGUGACGAAAUUUUUGUUUAGACUUGUCUAGAUCAAAAUUUCACUCAAAAGGGGAAAGGUCUAUAGAAAAAGAAGGUUAGAGAACCCGAUGCAGACAUGUAACAGACCUCAUUAACUAUGUUUUUGUCUUGGUUUAUGCAAAAAAUGGUCGGUUCAUCGUCACGUGUGUAUUAUGACCAAUAGCUAUGUUUUCAUUUAACCAUUGUGUAAUGUCACGACUGGGUCAUUAAACCAACACUAUUAGUUGGUUGGGCGUAAAAACAAUACACACGUGACGAUGAACCAAUCAUUUUUUUGCAUAAACCAAGACAACAACAUAGAUAAUGUGCAGGGACGCCGGAACUGGGGGGACAGGAGGGGCAGCUGGCCCUCUUGCCUUUUGCUAGGAGGGGCAAGGGGGGGGGGGCAGAAGUGCCCUUUGAGAUGUAAACUACUACCUUAUAAAUCACAUUUCCAGUGAUGCUUUUUGGCAAAAUCAUGAGGUAUGAUCUUGAAUGUGACCUGAUUAAGUGCGUUUGCUUUCAUUGGCAAGUCAACACAUUAUUGUAGGUUUAUAUCUUCACCGGGAUCUAUAGAGGUGUGCGUUUGCCCCCCUUUGCUUUUUUAUCGUUCCGGCGUUCAGCUUGUAAACAAGGAGUAUUUGUCAAUAUCUGCCGUUUGCACAAGCAAGAACUUAAUAUAUUAGCUUAAAAUGUAUUGAAAAAAAUCCAAAUACACAAGUAUUAAAUGGAAAAAGGUAAUGUAAUAAUAUAAUUUAAUUCAGGACUGUAUGUCCAAAGAACAAUUUGUAAGAAAAGACAAAAAAUUGUAAUAUAUAUUAUUAAGUUGUUAGGAUGUGAAUACAAAGUUGUGAGGAUUCGAAAAG